UGUCGUUGUGCGCAGGCCGGAAGAGCGCGACACUGGCGCCUCGCCUCUUUUGAGUCAAACACGCAUCGAAAAGGACAAAAAAGUCCAACCAAAUUCCCCCGUUUUCGCUUUCCUUGUCGGCCCCUUUCUCCGAGCUCGUAUCGCCCGUUCACCGGGAUGAACCAGUAGAGGCGCACCACCUGAAACCCCUUGAAAAGAGGCUCAGACGGCAUCGGCAGUCAGGUGCACGCACGUAGACACUGGAAACGUGUGCACUGUGCGCCUCGCGCUCCGCGAAACCCGAUCUGCCAAGGUUUCACCGAGUGGGCCGCUUCUCAUCUCAACCCCUGUCUCCUUUCCACACCGCUCACUCGCGUUUCUGCCCUGUGAGGAGCCUCGAGCGGAUCCUCGACCAUGGCGAGAGGUCACCAGAAGAUCCAAUCCCAAGCCAAGGCGGCCGAGCGGGCGGCCAAAGCCAAGAAGCAGCAGGGCCACAACGCCAACUCACAGAAAAAGGCAGCACAGAAGGCUCUCGUCUUCGCCUGUGCUAUCUGCAAGGCCCAGAUGCCAGAUCCAAAGACGUAUAAACAGCAUUUUGAGAACAAGCACCCAAAGAACCCGAUACCGAAGGAGCUGGAAGAAGCCGAGGCGAUGGCAUGACUCUUCUUGCCAGUCAGAAAUAUUUCUCUAAACUUAAAAACUCACUUCAUUAACAAAAUUUUAAAUACCCUUGUUCCUAACAUACAGAACAGUUUAUGACCCUCAAUUAAACACUAGGAAAUUGUUUUUGUUCUUUCAAAAUAAAAGAAAAAUAACUUUAACGUCUUGUUCAUUUAAAUUAAUGUUUAUUAAAGAGAAAACAUUCAACGUUUUCCUUUGAUGUAUGCGGAUAUUACUUGAGAAGUGACGGUGUGCCUUUUUAAUCCUGACUUUGUUCAAAAUUGUUUUGAUGACAUCCUUGGCUUAAAAGUCAGAUGGAUUUUUUUUUGUUUGUCGUUUUAACUUUCACUUUUUAUGCGGUCACAAGCCCAUACAGUUGAAAAUUUUGAUUUCUUUUUGACAGUUAUUAUGUAUAUUUGCGCACAGUCGUGUACCUAAAAAAAUGAUAUGAGUAAAGAGUAGAUAUUACUUUGAAAAGAGCAUUUAGACUUUUUAUACUAUUUAUGAAUUUUUGUAUGAUAAUUUAAAAAAGAAAUGAUGUUGCAAAUUAGAAAAUUUUAAAAACAUAUUUUGUACAUUUUUAUAAACUUUAUUUUGGCUUGAAGUUUUGGUAAUUUACGAUAAUAUAAAUUUCUUUCUCUUUUUUUUUUUUUUUUUCAUGUUAUCACAAGUUAUAAAUUGAAAUCAGGUUAAUGUACUUUUUGAUUGUUUGUUGUGAUUUGUUAAUGUUUUUAAUAAAAAAGAAGAAAAAAAAAGAAAUUAUUAGGCAUAGACUUAGAGCCUCAUGUAAACUAUUAUAAAUAUAUAUAUAUAUAUUAAAAAAACACAGAAAGUACACAUUGCAAAGGCCUAUAAAUGAUAGAAUAUAAUAGAAAGAAAAUAAAUUAAAAACCUUUGACAUAC